AUGGAUGAAAGGUAUUUACGCUUUAAAGACCCAGAAAUAGAGAGAAAAUAUUAUGAAGAUGAGUAUCUAAGGAUAAUUUAGGUUUUAAAAUAUUAGGUUUAUUUAGGAUCCCUUAUUAGCGUAGUUUUAAUUAUAAUGGCAUUUAUUCAAAGCUAAUAUGCACUUUAUUUAGGAUCUAUGGCUGCUACAUUAUUUAUACCAAUAAUUAUUUUGACUCUAGCUAAAAAAUUUCCAUAUCAUUGCAACAUUAUAUUAAGUGUUAAUAACAUUUCUUGGUGUCUAUUAAUUUGCAUAGCCUACAUUUGGAUACCUGAUUCCUUUAUAAAAUAAUGUUCAAAAACAGAAAAUAAUUCUGCUACAGAUUCUUAUUGCUCUCAACUGUUUGUUAUAGGAGGAGCUUUCUACACUCUUCAUUUAAUUCUUUUAAUUGGAACUAAUUUUUUAUUAAACAUAAUAACAUUUGUCAUUAUAAAUUGCAUUUAUGUAUUUAGCUUAUUUCCAUCUAUAGCGAACUUAUUGUGCGUUAUUAUACUCACUCCUAUUUUUGUAGGAAUAACUACUUAUGCAAGAGAAAAAAAUGCUCGCUUAUACUAUGAACUAAUUAAUAAAUAUUACAUAUGGUAUCAUAUUGCUAACAAUGUGCUACCACAUAGAAUAAUAAUCACAAAGACAUCUUAAAAAGAUACUAAUAAUUUUUAGCUGUAUAAAAUAAAUAGAAGGGCAAGAAAAGAGUACAAUAUCAAUAAUAAUGAUGAUCUGUAAUAGUUUAUAAAUAAAAUAGACUUGAAAUUAGAUUCUCACCAAUCUAUUCCUAUAUAUGAAGAUUAUCUUAACAUACAACACCAUAUGGACUCUCUGCAUUCGAAAUCUUUAGGAGUUAUUUCUCAACUUUCUAAAAAAUCACUUAACUCUAGAUAAUCAUAAAAGUAACCAAAGACUCUUCCCCUUGAUCUUUUGCUAAGGAGAGAAAUAAAAAGAUAGAAUUCAAAUGAAAUGCAGGGAGGAGGUGGAGCAGAUUUACAUUCAACAAAUAACUAAGGUCUCAUUAAUAACAAUCCUAAUUAGAAUGUAACAUAAAAUGGAAACGGAGUGCCUAAUAUAAAUAAUAUUAAUGUCAAUAAUAACCUUAAUACAACAACAUAAGAUCAAGGAGCUAUUUAUAUGAGAAAUAAAAAAAGGUCUUUAUUUAACAUGGAAGAUCCAGGUCUACAGAGUAUAGCUAACCCAUCUUAAAAAUAAUCUCGAAAGUAUUCAAAAAGAACUUUGAAAAGAACGAAACUAGAAAAGUAUAAAGGUGUUUUCAGAAACGAUACAGAAGAAAAGAGAAAAUUUUUAUUAACACUAGUUUGCUACAAUAGAGAUGAAUAGUACCAGCUAAUAUUGAUAGAAGAUGAUUUUGGAGUUUCUAAGGAUUAAAUUUUAGAUGAAUAAAUGCAAUAAUACAAAGAAAUUUCAAUUAAAUUUGGUAAUAUUAUGCAAAAUGAAAACAAUCUAUUGAAUUUUUAUUUAUAGCAAAUGAAGAUCAAUUACUAAAUGCAAAAAAAAAUAACCAAUUAUAUUACGGAUGCAUCAUAUUUAAAUAGUAAUGUUUAAAGUAAAAUCAAUAACUUUUUAGAAUUUUUCUGUAUAGAGAGCAAUAGAGUGGAAACUAGCAUAAAAUAAUUUAGCUUGAAAAAGCUUAUCAAAGAUGUAAUUAAUAACUUUGAUUUUAAAAUAAAAUAAAACCAAAUCUAGCUUAUUGUUUCCAACGAUUGUUAAGAAUUAGAUUAAAUUUAGAAUGAUGAAAAAAAAUUAAAACAUAUCAUAAACUUCCUUUUGUAUGACUGUUUAUAAAAUACUUAAAAAAAUGGAUAGAUUGUCAUAAGCGCUCAAUCAGGAGCUGCUGAAAUGGGUGAAUACGGAGAUGUGGCUUUAUAAGGCACUAUAAAAAUUAAUAUUAGAGAUAAUAGUAUAAGGAAAUAUACAAAUUAAAAGAACAACGAUUACUAUUUUAAUGCUAAUAACUUAUAGAAGAUAUAAAAGAACAAAACACAAAAUUAUUAAGAUAUUGAGAUAUCGGUUUGCAAACAAAUCCUUAAAAUUAUAGGACCUCAAGCAAAUAUUUUUUAUAUGUCUGAAGAAAAGAAUAAUUCAAAUCGGGUUUCAUUUUACAUUUAUACAGAUCUAUUGCAAGAUGGGGAGUUUGAAUAUUAGAAUGGUAAAAAUAACGACUUGCUUUAAGACGGAGACGAAGAGGAUGUCCAUGUAGAAGAUGAAGAUGAGGGCUAGGAAUUUUAAGCAUAGAUUUAAAAUAGCGAUGACGAUACAUAUAAAAAUAACAAUGAGUAGAGUCCUCCUUCAUAAGAAAUAAAUCAAGAUAAUUAAAAUAAUCCUUUUCAAAGCUCCAAUUAAAAUCCGAGCUCAAUUUAUCUCUAUCAUGGAGUAGAUUCUAGAAAUGUUAACUAAGGAUCUGGUUUGCUCUUCUCAUCUUAGUAUUAACUUUAAUAAUAAAAUGUUACUUCUCAAGGAAAUUCUUUAGAUAAAUAUUAAUAAUAAAAUUAAAUUUAAAACCCUUAAAUGUAAUAAGUACUUGCUAGUCACAAUUAAUAAUAUCAAUCUUCUCUCUAGCAACUGUAACAAUCAUAAUCAAAUUAUUCUUCAGCUAAUAAUUAAUUAGAUAAAAAUUCCUCAUACCAAAUUCACACUCUUCCAGAAAAAAAUAAUGAUAAAAGAAAUGGAUAAGAGAGGAAGCCGUAGCAUGAACUUAGAAAGUCUACUAGCUAGCUCUUUGAAGAAAGCGAUAAAAUUGAAGAUGAAAAUCCUGUAAGUGAAGUUUAUAUAAAAGAAUUAUCAUAAACAAGUGUAAAAUUUAAAAGGGAGCUCUCAAGAAAGAUGAGCAGAAACUAGUUCUUUAAAAAUUCAAUAGAUGAUUUAGAAUAUAAUUCAAGAAUUAAUAGUAUGCAAAGAAUCAAUAACCCAGUAAUUACUAAUUAAAUAAGAAACAGCACCUUAAAUAAUAUUUCUAAAUCCCUAAUUAACUCAUUAGGAAUACUCAUGACUAUUACUUUUUGUUCCUUAAAUUAUAAUAAUAAUAACAACUGA